AUGAAGAUCGCUCCUUUCUGGGUCUCUAUUGCCCUAUUAGUUCCACCGGCUCUAGCAGACCUUACUGAAUCCAUAGCGAUAUCUGCUACGUCCACUACCUCUACUGCCGCCGCACCAACCUGUACAUCGUCCCUCAUCACCAGUCUCUGCAGCUACCCGGAACCAGGCCCAGACUUUGCCGUCGCCAGCGACAGCAGGGCCUCCUGCUGGGACUACUGUAACGCCCACCCGCCCUGCAACUUUGUUAUCUUCUCUGCCGGCAACCCUACCACGGGCACCGGCACGUGCUGGCUGUACCCGGGUGAAACCUUCGAUGCGAGCAAAGGUAGUUCGAAUUGCGCCAAUCCCACCCUGUCCGUCUACAACCAGCCCGUGUGUGCUGGCGGGAGCGCAACCACCACUGCUGGCGCCUGCACCGCCACCGCGACUCCCUCUGCUAUUGCCUCGGUCUGCGGGUACCCGGCGCCUGGUGACUGCUUUUACGAUUGUACUGCUAGUACGGGUGCACCGGACUGCUUGAGUCAAUGUGCAAAGGCCGAUUCCUGCAGCUAUGUCGUCUUUAAUCCGGAGAAUCCAGACAACUCGCCGUAUGCCUCGGGCAGUUGCUGGAUCUAUCCGAACGGCACAUUUAACGCUGGGUCUGCGACCGCUUGUAGUGGCGCUCCUAAGCAGUUUGUGUAUAACAACUUGUGUCCCAAGCCAUCGCCUUCAUCGUCCUCCCUUUCAUCAUCUGUCACGGAACGCUCUAGUGGCACUGGAAAUGCCGGCAAUACUACGGGCUCAACUACUAGCGCUGCUACGGGCUCAGGCAAUUCUACGGGCUCAACUACUAGCAGCAAGAAUUCUGCGCCUGCCGGCCUCUCGCUCACUAAUCCAUUGGCUAUAGGCGUGGCCAUGUUAAUAUGGCAGGCCCUUUAA